AUGCCUCGAAAAGCUCAAACGUGGGAUGACUAUGGCGCCGCCGUGGAUCAGAUAAUCCUCUCCUCCUCGGACUCCGACUUCCUCGGCCAGCUCAUCCCGGUCCUAAAAGACGCCACGACAAGCGGCAGGGCGUCUUCGCUCGUCCAAAGCCUCUCCAAUUAUGCCGAGGAUCGCGAGGCCGACAUCGAGCGCAUUAGCCUGACCCAGCACGAGGAAUUCCUAGGGUCUGUCAACCAGCUUCAGAAAGUGCGGGAGGGAACAGUCGCCCUGACGGCCGAGAUCCUCGAGUUGAACGAGUCUAUUCAGGCGAGCACGGAGAAGUUGGCCCAACAGAAGCAGGGUCUUGUAGACACGCGUGCGGUUCGCCAGAACAUUACAGAGGUCUCCGAUUCCCUGAAGGAAUCCCUGAGGACCUUGCAUGCAGUCAACAAUGCACACGAUCUGAUCCGCAAGAAGCAAUAUUACGCGGCCCUGAAGUCGUUGGACGACCUCCAAAACGAAUAUUUGAUUCCGACCAUACAAAACAAAUAUGCCACCCAGUACAGACUGGCCGACCUGAUCCAGAAGUCUAUCCCGGCUUCACAGAAGACAAUAUCAGAGGCUGUGAUGACCGACUUGAAUACCUGGCUCUACCGUAUCAGAGAGACCUCCCAAUUCCUCGGUGAAGUGGCAUUUUAUCACACGGAACAGAGAAGGGAUAGGCAGAGGAAACGGGUUGAAGCGAACGAAUACCUUAGCCACUUCAAGCUGAAUUCGGCCAUCGAACUAGUCAUUGACGAAAGCAGUGAGUAUGACGUCCUCGACAAUGAGGAAGUUCAGGUCGACUUCACGCCGCUAUACGAAGCUCUCCACAUCCACACGGCGCUGGGCCAGAGCGACAAGUUCCGCUCGGAUUAUGCAGCAACGAGGCGGCAGCAAAAGGAUCUUCUCAUACCUAACACCGUCAACCUCGUAUCCGAUGAUGAAGACAGGUCCCUUAGCAGUCUGCUAGAGGGAAUUGCUGGCUUUGCCAUUAUAGAGAAGGCAACGAUGCAGCGUGCGCCCCAACUCCGCUCCUCGGUAGAUGUCGAUGAGCUGUGGGACUCCAUGUGUCAUACUGCCAUAACUCUGAUUACAAAGGCUCUCAACGAAGUCAGCAACGCCGAGAUACUCCUUAAUAUCAAGGGAGUCGUUGCGCUUUUCAUACAGACGAUGGAGGGUUGGGGCUAUUCGGUGUCCAUGUUGAACAGCUUCCAGCUCACCCUCUUCUACAAAUAUGCAGAACUGCUCAAGCGGCGUUUCAGCGAUGACUUCCAAGAGAUCGUAUCUACCGAUGACUAUAUGCCCAUGGCUAUCAACUCGGUCGAGGAGUAUGAGAAGGUGCUCAACGUCAGCUGGUACACCAGUGACAAGUCCGCCGAAGAACUCACUUUCCCCUGCGUAUUGCCGUUUUCCCAGAUGUAUCCGUUAUGCUGCAUCGAUAUCCGCAACUUCUUGAACCAAUUCUACUUCUUUUCAGACGACCAUUUCCAGCACCCGAACGUCAUAGACGAGACCCUCAGAAAGUCGCUGGACGAACUCUUGACGGAGAAGGUCUGUCAGUCUCUAGUUGAGAGACUGAACUCGCAGUAUCUGGGCCAGAUUGUGCAGAUCCUCAUCAACCUCGAGCACUUCGAGAUAGCCUGUCAGGAGCUUGAACAGUUAUUAAUCCGAGCGCGCUCAUCGACAUCGGCCGGCGGGCCUGUGACACUGGUAUCUACCGAGAAGUUUAGAAACCACAAAAAGACGGCGGAAAAGCGCAUCUUCGAGCUGGUCAAUUCCAAGAUUGAUGACCUUGUCGAUACUGCUGAAUAUGACUGGAUGGCAUCCUCACCCCCAACAGAUCCAAGCAGCUAUAUGCAGACCUUAACGCGAUACCUCUCCACCAUCAUGACAUCGACCCUCCUAGGUCUUCCUAGGGAGAUCAAAGAGCUCAUCUACUUCGAUGCCCUCAGUCAUGCUGCCAAUAAGAUACUCGCUCUACCCCUUUCUCCCGAAGUCAAGAAGAUCAAUCCGAAUGCCGUCACCGCGAUGGCCAAGGACGUGCAAUACCUGACAAAAUUCGUCAGCAGCCUGGAGAACGCGUUCAUGCUGGAGCAGAACCUCGACGAGCUCCAACAGACUGUUGCUCUCCUGCAGUCGGAUAACCACGACGAGUUCUUCGAUGUCUCGACGCGAAACAAGAAAUACGGCCGCGUUGAUGCGAUCAACGGUCCAGUACUCCUUGAGAAACUCACUCAAUCAGUUGCCCCUGCGACGUUGGCGAAUUUCUCAUCACGCUUCGGGUUGAGGUAA